AUGGCGUGUAACGAUAGUUUUCUUGUUAACAUCGCUCCAGCGUGGAUUUCAAGCAAACACAAGGAUUUGAAAAAAACUGGACAGAAUUUACUUUCACUGCUGGAUGACUUCCUUGAAACAUGUUCCGAGAAUCGUAUCACAAUAAUUAUCAUUGAUCCGACAGUUUUGAAGAGUGUCCUAGAUGACGUGAAUUCCCAAAAGACACACCAUAGAAAAGGAUGCUAUCAUUUUUGUCAAAAACCUAUAAUCACUCUAGGUGUGCUUGAAUCUCGAUUGAAUCCAAGUGGUUUAAAUGCCCGGGUGAGUAUUGCACAGUUUGAAAGAAAAAAAAAUUGUUUAUACAAGUGUGACAGAAAAGCACUUGGCUUAUGGCAUGGCUCAAUUUCAUGGAAAGACUUCGCUAUCAAUCUGGACAAAAAAUUGAUUUCUUAUUAUUUUCAUAAUGAAAGUGUUCUUAAUAGAUUCUCUUUGGAUAUUUCAACUGUUGACGGUUAUACAAUCAGAUUACCUUCUGAAAUUGACGAGUUUCUGAAGAAUUUAAACACUUCCCGAUAUUUGCCUUGUAACAUGAAACGAGCAAGACAAUUUUAUUCCAAAUAUGGAGAUGAUGGGACAUCAAAGGCAGGAACGUUUAGAAAGCGCGGGAAAGAAGUGUUGAAGAUUGCGAAAAUUAUUUUAGACGAUCUAAGAGUGAGAUUUUGGCUUAGUAGUGGAACAUGUCUGGGUUGGUUCCGACAAUGUAGUGUUAUCUCUCAUGGUAAAGAUAUGGAUAUUGGAAUGUGGAUCACUGAUUAUAAUAAGCAACUUAUUGAUGAAUUCCAAAAUAAUGGAUUGUACUUAGAGCAUUUAUUUGGAAGGGUCAAUGAUAGUUUUCAGAUGUCAUUUAAGACAGUUGAUGAUAUUAAGUUGGAUAUUUUCUUCUUUUAUGAAGAAGAAACUUACAUGUGGAAUGGAGGGACUCAGGCCAAAACUGGAAAAAAAUUCAAGUACAUUUUCCCCAACUUUUCAUUAUGUUGGACAGAAUUUCUCGGAAUGAAAGUUCGAGUACCAUGUCAAACAUUAUCUUACAUUGAGGCAAAUUACGGGAAAUCCUGGGCUGAGCCAGUCAAACAUUGGGACUGGAAAAAAAGUCCAUCAAAUGUUAUUGAAAAUGGUGAAUGGGAUGAAAAAGACUGGCCAGAUGUUAUUCAAUUUUUUGAGAUUCAGUAAAAUAUUUUGCAAUGAUAUUCCCUUAUUAUACAAAGAAUGUAUAUGUAUAUAGACUAACUUUUGGUUUGUAA